GAAUUGUUGGCCCUUAAGGAAAUAGAAGUUCGUAGUUUCCACAAUAUUUUUUGAAACUUCCAAAAGGCUGGAAUGAGCACAAGUAUUCUAAGACUUACAUUCUUGAUGAAAAUAAAGUAUUUCAAUGAACAUUUUUCUUGAAAUGGAAGUUGAAAUUUUCUCAAGCAUGUUGGCAAAUUCUAGUAGUUGUUUCAAAAAUGAUCAGUGGGCUCUUGGCUUGCUCAGUUGGUAGAGCAUGCCACUCUUGAUCUUGGGGUGGUUAGUUCAAGCCCCACAGUGGGGGUGGAGUUAACUAAAAAAUGAGUAGUGGUGGUUCACUUAGACAUCAUUCACCAAUGUCAAUUGUAACAUCUUGAUGAGAAAAUGCUUACAUGAGAUUCUUGAAAUGUCUACCAUUAUUUUGACAGUUUACUGAAGAGUUUAGGCUGAGUUGCCACUAUUUUUCUGAAAGUUUGGAAUUGGAUGGAACAUAAUCUUAAAUGGUAUCACUGGAAGUAUUUGAAGGAAUUUUGAGGAUUCCAGUCAUUGCAUGUGGGUGAACUGUGCUGUUAGACACCUGACUUAGGUAAUUCAGCAACUACAUGAAUUCAGUUUUUCUUACUAUCGAAGUAUAGUUGGCAGUGUUCCAUUAGUUUCAGGUGUACAACAUAGUGAUUCCACAAGUCUGUUAGGUUAUGGUCAGUAAUGUUUGAAUAUAUUCCAAUUGCAGUAUCCAGAGUAAUUUCUCAAUCCUAGUUUCUUUGGGAAGUUGGUACUAUUUCUAUAUUCAAGAAAACAGGCACAAAACUUAAUUUCAUGGAGGUAAUUUGUUGCAAAGCUAGAGUUUGGGUUUAUAUAGUCUAUUCUUACUAAUUUGUACCCACAGUUUGAGAAACUGGGAGCUGUCCAAGAGAGAUCUCAUCCAUUGACCUGCUUCUUAGGUUAUUGCCGAUACAAUAAUAUGCUUAAUGGGUGAAUAUUCUCUUGUGAUAAUGACAACAUCCUUGUGGAUAUUUAAACUGCAGGAGGUUAAUGGCUCCUUUUUGCGUUUCUCCACAAGAGCAAUGUUAGGUGGGCUGAACACUGACAUUUGUCUACACCAUCAUAGGCGUUUGGUGUCUAGUGAUGGACAGUCUGUAAACUUAAAAAACUAAGUAUAUUUGGGGGUGUGGGAGAUGUUCAAAAGCAAAACCUUUAGUAAAAUACAGUGCCGUGAGACUAAUGGGCUACCAAAUUUGAUGGUCAUUGAUAGGCUUUGAAAAGUUGUGUUCAGCUGAUCCCAGCAGAUUGAAGAGAGCGGUACUUCAGACUAAGCUCAAAGCUAAAUCCUAUGGUGGGUGAAAGGACUGGGCACCGGAAGGAGUAGGGCCCCCAGGCAUGGGGUGGGGGUGGGAAGCUGGGGUUCGCUGCGCCUGCGCACGGCUCUGUGCGUCUGCGUGCCGUGCUCAGGCGUUUUCCUGCGACGCUUCUCUAACUUCGGGUCAGUGAAGGGACGCUCAGCCAUCUCAGACUUCUGCUUGGGAAGAUUUGUGAGAAUGCGGAGGUCUGAGGUCUCAACAGUCUCCCCGUCGGUCCCUGCAGCUUCCCUCGCUUUGGGAGAACCUCGGUCUCAGGGUCCUUAUAAUUUCGGACUCCAGGAGACUCCUCAGAGCGGGCCUUCAGCGCAGGCCUCUGCGUCCACCACUUCUGGCACGUCAGCAGCCGCCGGCGACCGGAGCAGCAGCACAAGCCUCCCUCGCCACCCGCCUGGCGCCGGGCCAGCACUAGGUUCACACUUCAGGAAUAAAAGAUCUAAUGCAGAAAACACAUUUGCAUCAAAUUUUAAUUUUGGUACAAGCUCAUCUUCUACACGAGAUAGUAAUUAUCCUCAAAUACUGAAAACUCCAUUGUCUGCUGGAAAUCCCCAGAGAUCAGGUUACAAAAAUUGGACACCACAAAUGGGAUAUUCAGCUCCAUCAUCAUCUGCAGUUUCAACAAACUCCCCAUCAGUUGUUGCAGCUGUUGUAGAAGGUAGAGGACUUGCCAGAGGUGAAAUAGGAAUGGCAAGUAUUGAUUUAAAAAGCCCACAAAUUAUAUUAUCUCAGUUUGCAGACAACACAACAUAUGCAAAGGUAAUCACUAAACUCAAAAUUUUAUCACCUUUGGAAAUAAUAAUGUCAAAUACUGCUUGUGUUGUGGGGAAUUCAACUAAAUUGUUUACUCUCAUCACAGAAAAUUUCAAGAAUGUUAAUUUUACUACUAUCCAAAGGAAAUAUUUCAAUGAAACAAAAGGACUAGAGUACAUUGAACAGUUAUGUGUAACAGAAUUCAGCACUGUCCUAAUGGAGGUUCAAUCCAAGUAUUACUGCCUUGCAGCUGUUGCAGCUUUAUUAAAAUAUGUUGAAUUUAUUCAAAAUUCAGUUUAUGCACCAAAAUCACUGAAGAUUUGUUUCCAGGGUAGUGAACAGACAGCCAUGAUAGAUUCAUCAUCAGCCCAAAACCUUGAAUUACUAAUUAAUAAUCAAGACAGUAGGAAUAAUCACACACUCUUUGGUGUUCUAAAUUAUACUAAGACUCCUGGAGGAAGUAGAAGGCUUCGUUCUAAUAUAUUAGAACCUCUAGUUGAUAUUGAAACCAUUAACAUGAGAUUAGAUUGUGUUCAAGAACUACUUCAGGAUGAGGAACUCUUUUUUGGACUUCAGUCAGUUAUAUCAAGAUUUCUUGAUACAGAGCAACUUCUUUCUGUUUUAGUCCAAAUUCCAAAGCAGGACACAGUUAAUGCAGCGGAAUCAAAGAUAACAAAUCUAAUAUACCUAAAACAUACCUUGGAACUUGUGGAUCCUUUAAAGAUUGCUUUGAGGAACUGUAGCACACCUUUAUUAAGAGCUUAUUGUGGUUCCUUGGAAGAUAAGAGGUUUGGAAUCAUACUUGAAAAAAUUAAAACCAUAAUUAAUGAUGAUGCAAGAUACAUGAAAGGAUGCCUGAACAUGAGGACUCAGAAGUGCUACGCAGUGAGAUCCAACAUAAAUGAAUUUCUUGACAUAGCUAGAAGAACAUAUACAGAGAUUGUAGAUGACAUAGCAGGAAUGAUAUCGCAGCUUGCAGAAAAAUAUAGUCUUCCUUUAAGGACAAGUUUUAGCUCUGCUCGAGGAUUUUUCAUACAGAUGACUACCGACUAUACAGCUCUACCCAAUAAUCGACUUCCUUCAGAAUUUAUUAAGAUAUCUAAAGUGAAAAGUUCUUAUACCUUUACAUCAGCAGACUUAAUUAAAAUGAAUGAAAGAUGUCAAGAAUCUUUGAGAGAAAUCUAUCAUAUGACUUAUAUGAUAGUGUGCAAACUGCUUAGUGAGAUUUAUGAACAUAUUCAUUGCUUAUAUAAACUAUCUGAUACUGUGUCAAUGCUGGAUAUGCUACUGUCAUUUGCUCAUGCCUGCACUCUUUCUGACUAUGUUCGGCCAGAAUUUACUGAUACUUUAGCAAUCAAACAGGGAUGGCAUCCCAUUCUUGAAAAAAUAUCUGUGGAAAAACCUAUUGCCAACAAUACUUAUAUAACAGAAGGAAGUAAUUUUUUGAUCAUAACUGGACCUAAUAUGAGCGGGAAAUCCACAUAUUUAAAACAGAUUGCCCUUUGUCAGAUUAUGGCCCAGAUUGGAUCAUAUGUUCCAGCAGAAUAUUCUUCCUUUAGAAUUGCUGAACAGAUUUUUACAAGAAUCAGUACUGAUGAUGAAAUUGAAACAAAUUCAUCAACAUUCAUGAAGGAAAUGAAGGAGAUAGCUUACAUUCUACAUAAUGCCAAUAACAAAUCACUCAUAUUAAUUGAUGAACUUGGCAGAGGUACUAAUACAGAAGAAGGUAUUGGCAUUUGUUAUGCUGUCUGUGAAUAUCUGCUGAGCUUAAAGGCAUUUACACUGUUUGCUACGCAUUUCCUGGAACUAUGUCAUAUAGAGGUCCUGUAUCCUAAUGUAGAAAACAUGCAUUUUGAAGUUCAGCAUGUGAAGAACACUUCAAGGGAUAAAGAAGCAAUCCUAUAUACCUACAAACUUUGUAAGGGACUCACAGAAGAAAAAAAUUAUGGAUUAAAAGCUGCAGAGGUGUCAUCACUCCCAUCAUCAAUUGUCUUGGAUGCCAAAGAAAUCACAACUCAAAUUACGAGACAAACUUUGCAAAACCAAAGGAGUACCCCUGAGAUGGAAAGACAGAGAGCUGUGUACCAUCUAGCUACUAGGCUUGUUCAAACUGCUCGAAACUCUCAGUUGGAUCCAGACAGUUUACGAAUGUAUUUAAGUAAUCUCAAAAAGAAGUAUGAAAUAGAUUUUUCCAGGGCUGAACAAGUUUCAGGAAAGACUGAAGAAUAGUAACAAUUUAUAUCAUGUACAAAUCAAAUAGUAUAUGUUAAUAUAGGGAAACUAGGAUUCAUUUUUCCUAAGAGCAAAAGAAAAUAUUUGCUUAAUUUUAUAUCUUAAUGGAAAACUACAUUACAUUAU